CUCAAUGAGGCCAGGAGUCCCUCACACUCUGGUGAUCACUGAGCGGCAGAACCACGCCAGGGAGUUGAUGAGGGAGGCCGACCUGUCACAGUGGGACGCUAUCGUCAUCAUGUCAGGAGACGGACUUCUGUUUGAGGUGAUAAAUGGUCUGCUGGAGAGAUCGGACUGGGAGGAGGCCAUUCGGACUCCGCUGGGUAUCCUUCCUGGAGGUUCUGGCAACGCUUUGGCUGCAUCUGUACAUCACUACUCUGGCGCCUCUCCAGUGUCGAGUGAGGAGCUGCUGAUCAGCUGUGGUUUUCUACUCUGUAAAGGACUGGUUUCCCAUAUGGACCUGGUGUCCAUCCAUCUUUCCUCCAGCCCUCGUCUCUUCUCCUUCCUGUCGCUGGCCUGGGGCUUCGUUGCAGACGUGGACAUAGAGAGUGAGAAGUACCGUCACGUUGGCGCUGCUCGCUUCACUGUUGGGACUCUUGUGCGACUGGCUUCCCUCCGUGUCUACAAGGGCAGGUUGGCCUACCUGCCCGCCACACUAGUCUACAACAACCAGGAACACUCCAGGAAUAACAAGACACUUCAUUACAACAACCAGGGGUCUACCCCGUGCCCGGCCUCAAUCCUAUGUCCGUCCAGAGACUCCUCCUGCCAAACCGCUGUUCAGAACACUUUCCACAACUUCUGCCACUCCAACAACUCGCUCAAAGUGAGGAGGACAGAGAGCGUGCCUUCUCGAACCGCCACCAAAGCCCAGUCCGGCCCACCGGACUCCCUGCUGCUGCCUCUCGACCAGCCUGUCCCCAGAGACUGGGUGGUGGUGCAGGAAGAAGACUUUGUCCUCAUGCUGGCCAUGUACCAGUCCCACCUCGCGGAGGACCUGCUGGCUGCUCCAGACUCCACUUUAGACGACGGCCUCAUUCACCUUUUCUACGUUAAAGCUGGAAUAUCACGUGCUGCACUACUGAGGCUUUUCCUAGCUAUGGAGAAGGGCGCACAUAUGGCUACUAACUGUCAACAUCUGGUGCACAUGAAGGUGCGAGCGCUCAGGCUGGAACCAUUCUCACCCAAAGGGAUAAUCACAGUGGAUGGGGAGGUGGUGGAAUAUGGGCCGGUGCAGGCUGAGGUACACAGAGGCCUGGCGAGAUUAAUCACUGGAUGAACUGAACAUAAAUCAGCACCAGCUUUCAUCUCUGCUGUGAAAGGCUGAAAUAUGAAACAAUAAAGAAAAAAGCUUUGCAAACAUCCUGCUACAAAAGUAAAGCAACAGAUUUAUAAUGGUAAUGUUUUACAAUGGAUGUUAGCCUUAUAAAGGUACUGUAGAAGACCCAUGUUUUAAAGAAAAAGCUGUGAUGGAGGUUAAUACGUUAAAAGAAACAAGUGCCAUGUGUGGAGACCCAAACUGUUCAGUAUUAGAUAGAUAAACAGGACAUUAUUGAACGAAAAGGUUUUCAAUUACAGCUCGUGCAAAACUGGUCACACACUGCUAAAUCAAAUCAUAACCUAAAUCAAUAUUGAAACAUAUCAAUAAGUUUGCUCUCAGUAAAUAAUAAUGUUAACGUACUAGCAUUACGUAGUCUUGUCACGUUUAGAUGUUUAAAUGGGGAAAUGUCUACCUUUAAAAAGUUUUUUAAGAUUCCAUAAUAAUAAUAAUAAUAAUAAUAAUAAUAAUAAUGAUAAUAAUAAUACAGUUAUUUUAUUUCACGAUGACACUUUUGUUAGUCAAGACCAAAUGGGGUAGAGCCGUCAUGUAAUUGGCUGAAUGAGCCAAUGAGCAGCUGUCCAAUCACAGAUGUGGCCCAGAAUGACAUAAAAACUGGGAAAAAUGGAGACUAGAAGCUGAGUAAACAAAUGCACCGAGUUAUGUCGCUGUGCCGUGUCUACUUAUAUAAUAUUGAUCAGCGUGGGUCUCCUUCUAACCCUGUUUGAGCAGAGUGCAGUGUGUGUCCACUUCAGUUGAAAAACACACGUUUCAUCAUCUAACGGUGUCGCGUUUAUCUCAUCCUGUUUCUCGCUGCAUGUGGAGUGUUUCAUCUCAGUGCUGAAGCUGACAUAUCAGCAUCUUAUGCAACAGAGAGGGAUUGGAUUAAUGCCUUCAGAGCUCGUCUGUAGCCAAUGCAGAACGUGUGUGUGUGUGUGUGUGUGAGGCUGCGGUUGCUGUGGUCACUGCGGUGCUGUCAUUGCCUUGGUUUUCCUGAAGGUGACUCAGUUUUGUGGCUGUUUAUUGGAGCCUUAAACAUUCACUGAAAGGCCAGAGUCACUAAUGGACGUCCUGAUGGGUCAGUGGUCCAGGUCUGGGGCCGUGAUAAUUCUGGUUUAGCUAAAACAAACGUCCUGAAGGGACAUCAUCGCUUUGGUUUGUCAUUUAAUUCUUUAUAUCAGACCUAUUUGAGAUGUACAUGUCUGUGUGUUAUGUCACUAAGCAUCAGAGUCCCAGACUUGACAGGUUCACAGUUGUUGCCUUAAAGCCUCAGUAGUUCCAUCCUGCUUUCACGAGUCUUUCCCUUCCUACAGCCCCCAUUAUUUAUUAGAUUUCUGUCAGUCUGAUAGUAGUGUCAGUGCUCCAUAAGGCAGCCAGCAUGUGGGAGUAGUAUGAUGAUUGUUUUACCAAAUCCAUGUGAAAACAUUGUUAAAUGAUUACAGUAGAUUACCAAAAAAAUGUUGGCAGUGUUUUGAACUGGCUACAGGUGACUAGUUAUUAUUUACUUCAUCAAGGUGACACAUUAUAUUAUGUUGAUAAUGAUAGUGAAAAGUCAGAAAAACAUACAUUUCAAAGCCCACAACACUAUCAAAACUUUAUUAAAAGCUUUUGCUCUAUUGAAUUUAGCAGAAUAUCAGUCGGUGUAUUGAUGGUGAAAUGAUGAUGCACUCAAAAUUCUCCCACAUUGUCCAGAAAUCUGCCAAAAGCAAAGAAUAAUGAAGUAUUGUAUACUUGCAUAUGAUCAGAUCCCUUUUAUAACCACCUUAGUAACGGAUUUUUUUAAACUGUAAUUUAAUUAUGUGCACUACAGUUAUAUUUAGUUUGUAAUUUAAAGCAUCAGUGUAAAAUAUUUUGGGGUAUCUAAUUGUAGAAAUGGAUUAUAAUGUUCAUAAUGAUUAGAUUAUGUGUAAUCAUAUGAAAAGAAGAACAGUUGUGUUUUUGUUGCCUUAGGGUUGAAGUGUUUAUAUCCAGGUCACAGUGUUUCUAAAGCAUCAACAUCCUUUUUUCCAUCAUAUAGUGGGUGGAAUCCGGUUUGAUGCUGCAUUACAUCACCGACAAUAUUUCAGUUUGGAUCAGAGUUGUUAUCCCCUGAACCAAAAAGCCCAAAAUGGACACAACAAGCUGUGUUUGCAAUAAAUACCGAGUGACUGAAGUCUUGGAAAGUUGCAAAAAGCAAAAUGCGACUUAUGUGCAUUUCCGUAGGAUAGUUUGGUGUAAAUAUUCUGUAAUGUUGCCAGCAGGUGGUGCUGUAGGCUACAAUACACAUGGCUCUAAUAAAUGGAACAGAAGAAGCAGAACAUUGUUAUUAUUUUCCAUCUCCAGUGGCUGUGGUGGUUUAUUCCACUGAUGAGACCGAAGAAUUAUUCAGUGUCCUCAUCAGUCCGCACAAAUUUCAUAGCGAGCCAUGUUUUCAAAUUUUAUCAGAAUAUCUGUGAAGGCCCCGCUCAGUCACAAUUAGUCUUAAAUGUUCUGCAUGAAUAAAAGAGCAAAAACCACCUCAAGUGAUAAAACUGAAAUUCUGGAUUCAUUUCCAGAUUUUGCCGUCCCUAUAAACUUUUUCUGACACUAUGUACGAAAACAUGCAUGAAAGAUGUUUCUGGAAACCCACCAAGUGAUGCUAAGGACAAACCACCAUAGAGGAGGGUGAGGUGUAGAUACACAACAUCAUUACAUGGAACCAGUUUCUCCCAAAGACUGGAUUUUAUUGAGCCACAAAAGGAGAGUUUGGGCUUAUUUAGAUUUUCAAGGACAGUGUGUGUGUGUGUGUGUGUGUGUGUGUGUGUGUCACUGUGUUUCUCCUUUACACCUCCUCUGUGGGGUGCUCCUGCUCUGUCCUACGGCGCUGCUUCAGUUCAGGUGAUUGAUGUUUUUAGUACCUGAUGUGUUUCAUGACUGCAACUUCAUUCCUUCCACUGCAGUGCACUGUACCGUCCAUCCAUCCCUCCAUCCAUCCGUCCAUCCGUCCCUCCAGCUCUGCAGAGGCCUCUGAUCACACACAGACACACACUCACACUUCCCUGUGGGAGGUCUAUUAAUGAUCAUCACCUAGGUGUCCUUACCAUUGAGCUUUAAUUCACACAGAGCAGAUGAUGAGUCAGCGUUCGUGGCCUGUAACGCACACGCAGCAGAGUCGGACUGUAAACCGUCACCCGACUUCUCGCUCUGAUUUAAGUCGAGCGUUUCAUCGAAUUCACAUAAAGCAGGUCAGGAUGCUAGGACGUUAUGAAGCUGCUUUUCUUUGCUUGCAGAAAUGAUGAUGCCUUAAACUGGACUCUGAAGGAGCUGGUUAAACAGCAGAUGGAAAAGCAGGAGUGGGGGGGGGGGGGGGGCUCAUUAUUGACUUGUUAAAUGCUGCAUGAGGUAGGCGGCAUUGUGUUCCUGACAGGGCGCCCUUACUCUUCUUCGUCACCACAAGAGCAUUAGCAAACUGUCCUGACAAGACAAAGAGCUCAGUGGAAACAUUCACAGGGUUUUAUUUAUCAAGUCAUGAAAAUAUUUGGAAACGUAAAUAAUGGAACCAACUUGGAAAACUUUCCAGAAGGUCAUAUUUUUUUUUGUUAUUUUGUUAUUAUCAAACUGAAACUUUCUUGGCGCUAAUUAUUUUAAAUCAUGUUUACUCAUGAAGGAGUUCAACUGAAGAGCUACAAGCACAUACAGUAGUGCGCAAAGAAGUUUUGGACUUACAAUUUUACACAAUUUCAAAUAUAAAAUAUUUGCAGAAUUUUAAAAAAAAUUUUCUGUUUGUUUAAAAAAAAAUGGAGAUUCAUCAGACACAAGCAAAUGCAACUGUUUUUUGUUGUUGUUUAUUGUUGACAAAA